AUAAUAAUAAUAAUAAUAAUUAAAAUGACGUCAUUAAGUGGAUUUAUGGAAUUUUUUCAAAAAGGCAAGACAUUUCGACCAAAAAAAAAAUUUACUCAUGGGACAUUGAGAUAUUCAUUGUAUAAACAAGCUCAAGCUUCCUUAAGUUCAGGAAUAAAUCUUCGUACUGCUGUAAAAUUACCUCCUGGUGAAGCUUUAAACGAUUGGAUUGCUGUUCAUGUGGUUGAUUUUUUUAAUCGAAUAAAUUUAAUCUAUGGAACAGUAUCCGAGUACUGUGACGCAACAUCGUGUCCAACGAUGAGCGGCGGUGCAAGAUUUGAGUACCUAUGGGCAGACGGUGAUAAAUAUAAAAAGCCAUUAGCUCUACCAGCUCCUCAAUACGUUAGUUUGCUUAUGGAUUGGAUAGAAGCUCAAAUAAAUAAUGAAUCGGUCUUUCCAGUAACCACUGACGUUCCAUUUCCAAAGACUUUUACAAGUUUAUGUAAAAAAAUUCUGACAAGACUAUUUCGAGUAUUUGUUCAUGUUUACAUUCAUCAUUUUGAUCGAAUAGUUUCUAUUGGAGCAGAAGCUCACGUUAAUACUUGCUACAAACAUUUUUAUUACUUUGUCACCGAGUUUGAUUUAAUCAAUACCAAAGAAUUGGAACCGUUGUCUGAAAUGACUUCAAAGGUUUGCAAUAAUACUCCGGUAUCCUCAUCACAGAGUCAGUCGCCUUCGAUGACAACAAAUUCGUCCAGGUAG